AUGAAAAUUAGCUUUGGGCUGGCAUCAUCGGCGGCGAAGCCUCCUGACUCCGGCAGGGUGGCGAAGCCGGCGGCAUCGAAAUUCUUCGAAGCCGUGCCAACGACGAAGCAGCCAGUUAAACGGGUCAAAGUCACCGAAAUGGAAAACGGCCGACUCAGAACGACCCAGGAUUCAGCUGGAGAUGACCAUACGCAGGAAUCCGGUGCUGCGGAUGGGCUAUGCGUCAUCCCGUGCACCAAUCGCCUCGACGAUGUUCCAGCACGCACGGAAGAGCCACAGCAAAUAACGAAGCGAGCCCCAAUAGAGAUAAAGUACGGGUUAAAUCUGAUACUUCCUGCCAAAACAGGCCUGCAGAAGUCUACCGGCACGCCGCAGGUGGUUUCAGGGGAUGCCGCUGCAGAUGUUGAAAAUAACAAUGACGCCAAUCGCAUUAAUGCAGUUGCUCAACAGCCGCAAGGCAAAUGCGCCAGCGAGCCUUCCGAAGUGUCUCCGAAAUCAAAUGUAGUUGGAAACGUCAACGAAGAUAAAACCAAUACCGCGGCAACUCAGGAAGCUGAACUUCAUAUGGCUCCAGAACAGGCGCCAACAUCCAUAGUACCGCCAGCCACAGACGCAGAUGUUGCAAAGCUCAUUUUGGCCGAUAUCGAGCAGAAGAAACUACGAGAGAAACUGUUUGGAACGGACCUAGUGGAGCAGGCGGCUAAUACAAAACCGAUCCUGCUGCGCGGCAAAGACAAGAAGCGGCAGCUACAGGGUGAUCCCGAGGCCAGUGAAGCUAGCGACCACGAGCCUGCCUACGAAAAGGUGGCAGUGGAUCAAUUUGGCCUUGCCAUGCUCUUGGGAAUGGGAUUUGACCCCAAGAAGAACACCAACAAGCCCAAGGAGUACAAGAGACGUGCAUACGAAAGAGCCGGCUUAGGCGCGGACGCGAGCAUGAAGCAGAACAUGGAAGCGCUCACCGAUACCCGCAUAAUGGCGAAGCUUAAAAAGGACCAGAUGUACCACCAGUCGCACAGCCUACAUGCAGGUGGUACCUGGGUGGUCCCCGGGCUGCAAGUGCGCAUUGUUCAGCGUGACCACGCGAACUUCGGUAAGAAGGGCAUUGUCACCAAAAUGAACGGAGAGGUAGCGGUACUGGACAUAGGCGGAUUGCCUGUGAUGGUCCCUGCUGCAUAUUUGGAGACGGUGGUGGCGCAGGGCGCCACCAAGUGUAAGGUGGUCCGCCAAAUCGCAAGGCACAACGAAAAAUUUUAUGUGCCCAUCGGCACAGUUGUCGAUGUCCAGACUGUGACCAAGACGUACGCGAAGGUCCGGUUCCGCGAACAGACUUUCACCGUCUCCCUCGACGACAUAUGCGACUUCCAGUGA